CAACGCUUCCGACACCAACCGCCGACAACACUCAGAAUUCCGGCUCGCCCCAGCCGAUACGGGCUCAACGAUUACGUUCUCCAGACGCCGCGUUGGACUCUGACAUCGCUGGUGCAGGGCGCCACCUGGCUACGUCAAUGGCGCCCACUGCCGUCGGCGCCCCGCCUGCGACACCCGGGCCGACCAAAUUCAAACGCCCCAUUCCCCCGGGAAUUCAGACCACCGGGGUCACCCCAUCGCGAUCGUCGCCGUCGCCUUCCAUGUCCGCGAAGCGCGCUCCGUCUUCGGCCGUGCGCCAGCCGUCAAACCCCCCCUCGGCGAACAACGCGACAACUCCAGGAUCAGCCCGUCCUGCCAACCGGGCACGUCGGGACGUCCCUGGACAGGCAUUGGUGAGGGCCCAAAGAAGUGCCGGGCUCAGAUCGGCCAGCAUUGCCCCAGACUUCGCGGCAUCACCUACAACAGACCCGCCACCUUAUGUGGUUACAGAUGAAUAUGUCCUCAAAAAGUUUGCCGGUAACCGCCCAUCACUCGUCAUCCACCUCCACCAGAGCCACUUCCGCUUCGACCAGCAGGAGGGGAUGUUCCAGUACAAGUCACCGAUGCGACUACUCUUGGAACAUCUGAGGACACGAACAGUUCCCCAUGAAAUGCUAGAAUAUCUCACCCAGUGGGGGGUGCCUUUCUACGACGGAUGUCUUAUUGUGCAGGUCCAUGACCAUAGAACGGUCAACCAGGCCAAGGACGCUGCGAGGCCGACGUCAGCCUCGAGCACAACCGUCCCGUUUUCCAUCCAUAAUUAUAACCAGUACAUCACCCCGUCGCCGUAUGUACCCUACCCGAAGGAGAACCUCCAGGCGAAUGGCGUGUCUGGCGCUGUCCCGGAGAAGACAGCCGCCGAAGUAGACAAGGAGAACAUGCCGGCCCCGAGCGCGUCUGCAGACGGACAGAAGAGCAAAGGCACCCCUAAGCCAAAGAUCUGUACCAUCGUUCUCCACCCUACAGAGCAAAGUCUGCACUCGGAUCUCGCCAUCAAGGCCACCACAUCUCGCGGGACAUCGGAUGCGCGCACAGACGGGGCGGCUCCCCCACCAACGCCUCAUUCUGCCGUGCCACCAACACCGACGGCUGCGAAUAUGCCGCCACCUGCUAAGAAGCAGAAGCGGGAGCGUAUGGAGCUUGAUAUUAACAACAUAUACGACGCCGAAGCGCAAAUUCGACUGGCAACCACGGCGCCGCUAGACCUGGAGCCAACCAAGAAUGCCGAGGAGACGAUUGCCAAACUCGAGAAGCUGGCACACCCAGAGCAUUCUCAGAAACCGCCCCAGCCCAAGACGCGGAAGAGAACAGUCGCUGAAAUGGCCGCUGACGAGGCGCUAGCAGCCGGUCAGGAGCGCUUUAUGCUUACCCUGGAUGAGCGUCUUCACUCCAAGGUUGUCAGCGCGCAGGCCGGCGGUAACGGUACGGAUGGCGACGGCCAGGCUGGAACGGCAGCUUGGGAGCCCAGGUUCGAACGUUUCAAGACGAUAUUUGAGAUUAAGCAGCAGUGGGCCGAGCGGAGGGAACAAGAGAAGAUCAAGCAGGCCGAGGCCGAGCGGAAGCUCUUGGUCCAGAAGCAGCAGCAGCAACAGCUGCAGCAACAGCUGCAGCAACAGGAGGCUGCCAUGCUUCAAGCAAGACAGGCGGAGGCGGAGCGCCAGAGAAAGGAACAGAUGUUUCGCGAACGGCAGGAAGCACAGAGACGGGUGCAAGCCACCCAGGCAGCUCAAGCCCAGGCCCAGGCCCAGGCACAAGCUUUGCAAGCUCAGGCGCAAGCUCAGGCCCAUGCAGCUCAAGCCGCCCAAGCCCAGGCUCAAGCCCAGGCCCAGGCGCAGCACACCGCCAACGCCGCAAACAUGGGCACUCCUCAGCCGCACCAGCUGCAUCACAGUCCCUUGCCGGCAGGAAUGGCGGUCGGCGUACCGGUCAGCAUGGCCCAGGCGCAAGCACGGUUCGCCCAGGCCUCACAACCGCAGGUGUCGUCGCCAAUCGUCGGGCAGAACACGCCACAGGCGAUGUCAUCUCCCAUGGGCAUGACAGCAGCGGCCAUGCAGCACUCCAACUCGAACAUGGGGCAAGCAGGAAGCCCCCACCAAAGACCGCCCUCUGUUGUGCAAAAUCAUCCUAUGGCUGCGCCCAUGGCGCCCACCAUGUCUGCGCGGGGGAGUCAGCAAAGCCACGCAGGUGGCACGCCGAGAAUGCACACGGCUACUCCGAACAUGGCGCACGCCACGCCUAUCUCCCGGCCCGGUAUUGUGCCGACGCCGCGGAUGUCGCAAGCGAGCCCGUCGCCGGCCAUGAUGGCGACUCCGCAGCAGAUGGGGCAAGCCAUGCUUUUAAACGCAGGCCAGAUGCCGAAUGUCGGGUUCACGGCGGCACAAAUCGCCCAGCAGCAGCGCUUCCUGCAGCAGCAACAACAACAACAGAUGUUGCAAAUGCACCAGAACGGCAUGCCCAACGGGGUGCCUGCGAACAUGGUACAGUAUGGGAUGGCGCCGCAACAGCGGAUGAUGCAGCAACCGCAGCUCCUGAUGCAGCCGCAGCAGCAACGGGGAGGGCAGAUGAUGGGCCAGCCCAACGCGGCUCAAUUGGCCCAACAGUACACGCAACAUCUUCUCAUGAUGCAGCAGGACGGUCGGCUGAACAACCAAAUGGCAGCCCAGGCCGCACAACGGCAGUUCCUCGCUGCCCAGGCCCAAGCCCAGCAGCGGCAAAAUAUGAUGGCCAUGAACGGCAUGACGCCAGCACAGCAGUUGGCUAUCAUGCAGCAGAUUCAACAGGCCCAGGCCCAGCAGCAGCAACAACAGCAGCAGCAACAACAACAACAGCAGCAGCAAGCUGCUGCUGCCGCUCAGCACCAGCAGCGGCAACAGCAUCAUCAACAGCAGCUGCAACAACAGGCACAGGCCCAACAGGUUCAGGCCCAACAAGCUCAGCAACAGCAGCAAGCUCGGCGCCCGCAACUUCAACCCACCCAGGCGCAACUGGCUGCCUUGAACCACCCAGACAUUAUGGGGAAAAUCCGGACCCAAACGGCAGCCCUGGUGGCGAAGAACCUUCCCCAGUUUACUGCGCAGUUCCCACCGGGCAGUAUCCCGGAAGACGCCCUUGCAAACUUCAAGCGUCAGUGCCAGAUGCAGGCCCGCACCAACAUACUCCUUGCCAUGCAGCAAGGACGGCUUCCGAAUCCCAUCCCCGACCCACAGGCGCAAGCGCAAGCGCAGGCCCAUGCGCAAGCACAGGCGCAGAUGCUGGCCCAGCACCAGGCCCAGCAGGCGCAGGCGCAGAGCCAGAAUCAGGCGGCUGCGAUGCAGCAGCAGAUGAACGGCGGCGGCGGGAUGAUGCAGGGGCUGUAGGGGCGUCCGUUUGCGUUUUCGUCGAUGCCCCAUGCAACUGCGAAGCUAGCUGGGACGUGGGGGCUGAUACUAGAGAGCUUGCUGAGGGUCAGCUACUAUUUCGAGCUUGCUACUUUUCUGCUGCUUGCUGCUUGCUGCUUUCUUGCUUACUGCUGGGGAGGGUGUGGGCAGGA